AUGCAAAUAAUCUUUAUUCUCUCUGCCUUGCUGGCGACGUGCAUCGCUAAGUCAGUUCCAUUGCUAAAUUUGACGGCAAAUUAUGGUUACACUUAUGCCUAUGCUUUGGAUCUUGCUGUACCUGCACCUUUCAACACUUACGUAUGCAUCAAAUCACAUGGCUAUAGUACUGUAUUUGUGAGAGGUUAUGAUCCUACGGGCCACGGCAGAUUCGACGUCAAUGCCGUGAACAAUAUUCGUAAUGCUAAUCAAGCUGGUCUUGGAACUGAGGUGUUCAUGACUCCACAGCCUUUCUCGAGCAAGAGAGGUGGUGCACAAUUUAAAGAACUUUUUGAUAACUUAAGAUACAACAACAUCCAAGUCAGGACUGUUUGGUUGCAGGUUACCUCUCCAGUCAACUGGGGAUCAGAUGCUCAACGGAACAUUAACCUUAUCAAUGAUAUUAUAAUCACGGCCAACUCUUGCGGUGUCGUCGUCGGCUUCUACACAAAUGCUUAUGACUGGAGUCAAAUCACUAGAAACGCAAACUUAGAGGGUGCUAUGCUUUGGUGGGCAUCAAUUGGCUGGUCAUGA